AUGGAGACUUUGGAGACGAUUAACCCCUUCACGCUAGCCCCGUGGGCGGAACGCGUGCAGGCCGAUGGUGGUGAACAGCUUGAGGGCCCGGCCGAAGCGGGCGGGUGCAUGCAGGUCGCGGUUAGCAGUUCGGCACGGAACGAGCUGCUCAAACACAAAGCGCUAUCCAGAACCUUGGCCGCAAGAGCAGAGCAGAAUCCAUUCUCUGCGGAACUGGCAGCCAUGGCACACGUAUUGAGCACGGUGCCAGGGCUGAAAGACUACAGGAUCACACUGCUCACAAGCAACAAAGCGGCGGUUCUCACACUCAGAAACCCUCGACAGCAAUCUGGCCAGGAAUUCGUCUGUCGGAUAUACAAGUUGAUUAAAAGGUUGCAGAGAAACCGAAACCAUGUUCAAUUCCGCUGGGUUUCUGCCAGUGAAGACAACAAGAUGCUAGGCCUGGCUAAAGUACAGGCUAGAGCCGCGACACAAGAAGACGCCCUCCUACAAGAAAGCGCCCCAAGGAUGAAAUCGACCACACUGAAUCUCGCACGGUCUCAAGCAGUCCCUAGAAAUACCCUGCCAGUGGACGUCGGAAAGCACGCCAAACGAGUAGAUGCAGCACUCCCAGGAAAACACACGCGACUGCUGUAUGAUCGCUUGUCAUGGAAGGAAGCGACCGUGCUAGCCCAACUCCGGACGGGCAUGGCGAGACUGAAUGGAUACCUCUAUCGAAUCAACGCGGCCGCCACUGAUCAGUGUGCAUGCGGACAGGCCAAGGAAACUGUGGAGCACUUCCUCUUACGAUGUCGGAAGUGGAACGCACAUCGGACGGAGAUGCUACAAGUACCGACAUCCACCGAGGGAAUCUAUCCUUCUACCUGGGAGGGAAGUCGCCCUCCGACGAUCAAAAGUGGACGCCAAACUUAG